UCAGUCCGUGAUGUGAGUUGUAGGGAGGCGAUCGACAUCAUCACCCAGGGUGCGGGCACUCUCGGCCAAACCGUAGGGGCGGCGCCGGCAGCGCCGGGCUACGGCCAGCAGGGUCCCGGUCCUGCCGGGGGGUACUACCCCGCUGGUGCUCCUCCUCCUGCCCAGGGCGCCGCGCCGUACGGUGCCGCUCCUCCUACGUACGCCGCAGCGGCGGCUCCCGCCUAUGGCGGCCCUGCGCAGUACGGAGGUCCGCAGCCUCCGCAGCCGGUAGCGGCUGCCGCUGUCCCCAACUUGCAGACGAUCCUCUCCGCCGCCGGAGGCAAUGCCAACCUGGUCGCCGCCCUGGCCAACCUCCUCACCGGCAUCCAGGGCCAGCCCCAGGCUCCCGCUGCCGCCGCUGCUCCCAUGGCCCCCGCGCCGGCGCCCGUCCCAGCUGCCCCGCAGUACACACCGUACACCCCGGUCGCUCCCCAACAGCAGCAGCAGCAGCCACAGCAGCAACAACAGGCGUCGUACUACCGACCACUCCAGCAACAGCCGCAGCAGCAAUCGCAGCAGCAGACGACUGCGCCCUCGCAGGCGUCCACCGAGGCCGGGUUGCCCGCGCAGCUCACGUCGCUGCUCAAUGAGACCAACCUCGCCCUCCUCUCGAGCAGCAUGCAUCGUACCAACAGCCCCAACAGCAGCCUCAGCAGCAACAGCAGCAGUACCGACCGCAGCCGCCACUUCAGCAGCCCUACGGAGUCGCCGGGCCGUCGUAUCCCCCUGCUCAGCAGCAGCAGCAGCAACCACCGUACGGUCAGCAGCAGCAACAGCGACCGCCGCAGCAGGGCUGGGGUCAGGGAGGCUACAAGCCGCAGUAAGGGUCCGUCGUACGCCACGUUCUCGCCAGUCCGUCCGUCCGUUCGUCCGUCCGCGCCACGUCUCCUCGUCUCACGUUGGUGA